GGAAGCAGCCUGUUCCCUGCCCCUGUUUCCCCCUCCAUAUUCCCGGGAAUCAGCCAGUUCCCUGUCCAUAUUCCCCCUCCAUAUUCCCGGGAAGCAGCCAGUUCCCUGCCCACCAUGUCCCCCCUCUCUAUCCCAGGGAAGCAGCCUGUUCCCUGCCCACCCCAGCCCGAUCCCCUCGCUAUUCCAGGGAAGCAGCUGGUUCACUACACGGCUCAGCCGCUCUUCCUGGUGGACUCGAGCGCCGUGGACGUGGCCGGGGGGGAGCUGCCCAUCUUCUUCGAGCUGGGCGAGGGGCCCUUCUGCCCCGACGGGGCCGAGUACCCCGAGGAGCCCCCCGGCUCCCUCCUGGCCGGCACCGAGCCCCGCGCCAGGGACCCCGGCGUGUCCUAAGGCCGGCAGGGACAGGAGACCAGGAGGAGGAGGAGGAGGAGGAGGCACUGAAGGGAAGCUCCCGCUCGGCACAGACGCCGGAGCCGCGCCCGCUCCCGCCGGGAGGGUCGUUGUGUGUGUGCUUAUGAGGUGUCCCCGACCCGCUUCAGCCCCCGCCACGGGCACGGGGGGCACCGGGACAGCCCCCCCCCCACGGUACCGGGACAGCCCCCCCACGGUACCGGGACAGCCCCCCCAACACUGGGAUAGCCACCCUGGCACUGGGAUAGCCCCCCUUGGCACCGGGAUAGCCCCCCAUGGUACCGGGAUAGACCCCCUUGGCACCGGGAUAGCCCACCCCUGGCACUGGGAUAGACCCCCUUGGCACCGGGAUAGCCCACCCCUGGCACUGGGAUAGACCCCCUUGGCACCGGGACAGCCCCCCCCCACGGUACCGGGAUAGCCCCCUACGGUACCGGGACAGCCCCGCUGGCACCGGGAUAGCCCUCCUGGCACUGGGAUAGCCCCCCCUGGCACCGGGAUAGCCCCCCAACACUGGGGUAGCCCCCCCAUGGCACCGGGACAACCCCCGUGGCACUGGGACAGCCCCUCUGGCACUGGGAUAGCCCCCCCACGGUACCGGGGCAGCCCCCCCUGGCCCCGGGGUAGCCCCCCCCACCCCCAGGACAGCCCCCCCACGGUACCGGGACAGCCCCCCCAACACCGGGACAGCCCUCCUGGCACUGGGAUAGCCCCCCUUGGCACCGGGAUAGCCCCCCCAACACUGGGAUAGCCCCCCCUGGC